AUGACUGAGCCGUUGCAAAAGAGGAACAAUGGGACUGCAAAAAGGAACAAUGUCUUUACUGAUAAUGAUCUCUACUCUAAUCUUUUGAUUGAAACAUUAAUUAAGCCUGGUUUGGAUAAUCUUUACUCUAAUCUUUUGAUUGAAACAUUAAUUAAUCUUUAUCUUUCCUUCUCAGUAGCUCUAAUCACCUACAACGCAAUCAUCUCAGCCAAUGCUCCUCUCAAACAGGACUUCCCAUCAUCAUCCUCAUCAAGUGGGUUCAAACCCAUCAUCAAGAUGCCAAUUGACAGAUCCAAAACAACAGCACCCAAGAAGAGGCUGUUCCACACGGCGGUUACAGCCUCUGAUUCAGUGUACAAUACAUGGCAGGCUAGGAUUAUGUACUACUGGUUCAAGCAAGUCAAGGAUGGUCCCAAUUCUGAGAUGGGUGGCUUCACCAGGAUCUUGCAUUCUGGGAAACCUGACAGCUUCAUGGAUGAGAUCCCAACAUUUGUUGCUCAGCCUCUCCCUGCUGGAACCGAUCAAGUUUUAUUCAUAGGGUUUCUUCCAAUUUAAGACAUUCUAAUUCAUCUCAGUUUGUGCUUUAUAUUCUCUCUUUUCAGUAAAUUUUGGGCUUGCACAUUCUUAUUUGAGAAACUAACUUCACAAAUUCAACUGAUUUGCAGUUUGGGAUUUUGGGUUUACUUUGUUUUUCCAUUUUGGUUUGAUGUUGGU